AUGCUAGACCCCCAGCAGCGUCUCCGCAACGCCAUCAUAGAGGGCAACCUCCCCAUCACCAAACGACUAUUGGCCCGGUUUCCCGAGCUCUGGCUCAAUCCCGACCCGUCCCACGACGGAUGGACUAACCUCCACUACGCGUCGUUCCACGGCCAUUACUUGAUCUGCUUCCACUUGGUCUCGUUCAUGAACCAGAACAUGGGCGUGCUCUCCAACCACUACAGCCACCUCGACCUCCUCACCUUCGACAACCUCCUGGUGCUCCACCUCUCGCUGCUCACCCAGAAGCCACAGACCCUCCACUACCUUCUCCAGGAGUUUCCCGGCAAGUUGUGGUUGAACUACGCCGGAGGGCGCCUGAACCAGACCCCAGCCCACUACAGCUGUAUCUACGGCUUCAAGGAGGGCAUCAAGUUGUUGUUGGAGUUUGGAGCCGACUGGAAGCUCCAGGACCUGGACGGAAACACCUGCCUCCACUUGUGCCUUGAGUUUGGCAAUUUCGACUGCAUCCAGGUGAUCCUCAAGUACUUGAUGACAGUUGCUCCUGAUAGGAAGACCUGCGUGGACCAGAUCCGCAAGUUCGAGCUGACCAAGAACAACAAGGGCUGGACCGCCAUUGAGUAUGCCUCCAGUUUCGAUCUCAUUUCCAAGUACGAGGUGUUGAAGCACGACUUGUUGUUUGACGCCGAACGAGCCGAAGUGGCUUCCGUGCUCAAGACUCCCAAUCAGCUCUUCUCCCUCGAGCACAAUUCCUCCCAGACUUCGCUUCCUGGAAACAAGGUGCUAGCAAGUCCCAUUGUUCCCGUCUCACAGGCACAGAAAGGUGAGGAAGAGCCCACCAAGUCCGACUCAGAAAUAAGCCCCAGCGGACGCGCCCAUUCGCUGUCGCUUCCCUCGUCAUCGACUCCAGAAAUAAAGCCCACCACUUCCGCUUCCCGGAGAAGAGCCCAAACGUCUUACUCCUACAAACCACCUGCAUCGAUCAACGCAAAUUUAAACUCGCCUAGAUCCAAUGUCCCACAGACUCCUUCCAAUAGAGCCCCCUCGUUGAAAUCAUUCACCAUAUCUCCUUCCAUACGGAGCAACAACUACGACGAUAACGACAAUUUCCUUCCUCCUCCAUCUCCCCAGUCGACUAUUUCAAACUCUUCGUCUUUGACUAACUCCCCAACAAAUAUUGCUGUGUUGCCACAAAUGGGACGAAAGAAGAGUUUAUCCUUCUCAAAUGCCCCAUUCCAUGAACCAACAUCUUCAAUCGCGGCAAAGGUGGCGUUUAACAGCAGCAGGUCAUCUCUAGAAAGCCCUGUCAGAAGGCCAUCCUUGUCAAAUAGGUCAUCGUCCGGUGGUGGGAGCGCAAAGCACUCUAGUGGAGAUAUUUCUCCCGUAUUGCGAAAGACAAAGUCUUCUGGCACCCUCCCGGUAAAUGGAAGUCACUCUUCACUCAACAAAUCAUCUUCAACUACGAUAUUGGAGCAACCUCCUCUGAGUAUACCAAGGACUGCUAGCCCUACUAAAGCUGGCUCAUUGACUGCAUUGAGUAGAACUAGUCUGAAAGGUGCCUCCAACGACAACUUGAAAAGAGGCAACAUCAGUAGCAUUAGUUUCAGCAGAGUCAGAUGA